CGAGAUAAUGGUUUGACGUCGGCGUUUUGCUUUCUUUUCCCCUCUUUGUCUCCACCCCCCACACUCUAUCCCACUUCCUGUCAACUUUCUCCAGGCGUAUGUGGGUCAAUGUUGUCAUCCAGUAAAACCGAGAAAAGACACGAAAAUGACUACAAACAGCAUGUUUGCGAGGUUCACGUUUUACCCCACUUUGUUCUAUAAUGUGGUUAUGGAAAAAAUCUCGUCUCGGAGGUGGUUUGAUCGAAUCGACGACAACGUUAUUUUGGGGGCUUUGCCGUUUCCGAGUCUCACCAGGCGGCUUCUUGAGGAGGAAAAUGUGAAAGGGGUCAUUUCCAUGAACGAGGACUACGAACUAUUCCUCGCCAACAACGGGAAGAGAUGGAACGCCUACGGUGUUGAGUUUCUUCAGUUGGCCACAACUGAUAUAUUCGCGACCCCUUGUCAACAAAAACUAAACGACGGUGUUAGUUUUAUCUACAGGGUAGUUAAUAAAGAACCAAGUUUGGAUGAACCCAAAAAACCGACAGUUUAUGUCCAUUGCAAGGCUGGUAGGACCCGUAGUGCGACUUUAGUUGGUUGUUACCUCAUUAAGAGGUAUAAUUGGACCCCUGAACAAGCUGUGCAACACAUGCAAGACAAGCGCUCACAUAUCUUACUUCAUACCAAACAGUGGGAAGCUUUGAGGGUCUUCUACGAGCUCAACAUUCCAAAAACUUAGACAAUAAUUGUAGAUUUAGAUAAUUUAUUGACAAUAAUUCAUAAAUUAAAAAUUUCUUGUAAUUUACAGAGGUGUGAGGAGGCAAUAAUAGAGUCACAAGUGACUGAG